UCUCUCUCUCUCUCCUCUUUUUCCGUUUCCCUUUUUCUUCCAAUGAAUCAUAGUUGAUAUUGGGAUUGCAAAUCCACACCCCUUUCGUCCUCGGAUCAUUCCAUACACGUUUUUGCACCUUUCUCCUCAUCCCCUUUUCAUCUCCCUCUCUGUUUCUCGCUUUGUCAAUUACAGUUCUUCACCUUCUCUACUUCAUCUCUCUUUGAUUCAUUGCUCUAACCUUCAGAAUCGAGAGUCGAAGUAUCGAAAAUUUAUCGUAGAUGGAUGAAUACACUAGUAAAAGAGUUGCUAAUGGAUACACAUCCAGAAGGGGAAGCAGUGCAGUGUUGAGAGAUACUGCAAAUAACCGAGAUCAAGACGGUAAAUAUUGUAGCCGAAUUGGUUGCAGUGGCAGGCUAAACUCCCCGAAGGGCGCUCGGAGUAGCUAUUCGGAGAAACUGAAGUCUCCAUUGCAGUCGUUUCGAACGUCUUCGAGUGGGAAAGAGAUAGCUGGAAGUUCGUCUAGGACGUACUAUGCUGUUCGAGGUUCGAAGAAGUCAGUAGCUGAAACUCAGAGGAAGCUAUCCACCCAAUUAGAAACAGACUCUUCAGAAACUAGUAGCAUUCAGGACGAGCCAGAGACGUCACAUGUUGUCCCGUCGUCAAAUGAACGGAUACGAACAGAGCUUCGUGUUGGUCGUAAAAGUUCUGACUCUGUUGUUGACACGAUAAUGGAACCAGGUAGCUCGAGCGUUGCACCAAAAGGACGACGGGACUUCAAUAAUCAAAGAUCUGGGAUGCGUAGUAAUAAGGACACUCCGGCUAGUUCUUCUGUGUUGACGGGGUCGAAAAGUUCUUGCCCGACAUCACGUGGCGGUGCAGAUUCAAAUCUUAGUAAACGGAAGGAUACAGCAAAAAAGAGGAAUUCUGAAGCACAAAGUAGUUCAACUACCAGAGGAAAAAAGACGAACGGAUCAUCCUCGGAAAGAAGGAUUACGAGCUCCGGUUAUGGCGUUUCUAUAUCCGAUUCAAGAGGACCCAAAAACGGAUCUUCGAACCGGGAGAACAGCGUUGUACCGGGUCGGUCUAGGACAUCAAUAAACGGGACAUCACGAGCAAGAACUCAUGGCAACAGACCCGACAGAAACAGUACAUUGUUGCACGAGUCACGGUCCAUAAUUUCUCAGGUUUCGCAAGGCCAAUCCGAUAGCUCGAUAGAUAAUAACGCUCAUGAUGUCUCUACCGAGUUGAUUUCGGAUCUCCCAAUUUCUUACAGAAGAUCUGAUAGUAUCAAUGAGAAUAUGCUUAAUCAUAGACCUGCUAGUCCUGCAGAACUCGGAUUGGCUCGUUCUUUAACAACUCGGGAUAGCUUUCGACACUACGGUAUUGCAGAGGUAUUGUUGGCUCUGGAAAGGAUUGAACAUGAAGAAGAGCUAACAUAUGAGCAAGUAAUUCUUUUAGAGACCAAUCUUUUCCUCAGUGGCUUGAACUUCUAUGAUCAACAUAGAGAUAUGAGGCUCGAUAUCGAUAACAUGUCGUAUGAGGAAUUACUCGCUCUCGAGGAGAGAAUGGGAACUGUGAGUACAGCGGUUACUGAGGAAGCAUUGUCGCAAUGCUUGAAUAGAAGCACGUAUCGGUCUGGACAUGUAGAGGAUUCAUCUGCAGGUGGAAGCGAGUAUGAGGAUGGUAUCAAAUGUUGUAUCUGCCAGGAAGAGUACUCGAAUGGAGAUGAAGUCGGGACGCUGCGGUGCGAGCAUACUUACCAUGAAGGGUGCAUACAACAGUGGCUGCGGCUGAAGAACUGGUGCCCCAUUUGCAAAGCAUCUGUGGAGGAACCUGCUUCGCCUUUGCCUUCAUAGUUCGUUUGAUUGUCCCUAAAAUAAAGAAUUAAACCAAAAAAAAAAAAAAAAAAAAAAAAAAAAAAAAAGAAAAGAGAAGAGGAGGAGGAUGUUUAAUCUUCUCCCCUCACCCAAGAUUUAUUGUACAUAGAAAAUCUGUUAUAUUUAAACCUACUUAAUAAGCACAGGCCACCCUUUGGCUUUCAAGUCCGAACUCAGUGAAUGAAAUCUCCCGUUCUUGUA